UAGGGGGGGGGGCUUCGAGCCUACAAAUGUGGUAUUUUUUUUUCAUUGUUUGAAUUUUCAAAUUUUCAUUUUAUUUCUCAAAAUUUUGUUUUCGCUUUUUGAGUAGUUUUACGUGCAUGGUUUUGAAAUGGAAUUUUGCAAAUCGGACAAAAAAAGAGCACAUUUUCGGUCACUGAAUUCGAAUCUAGUGCCUUCUCUUGCCAGUUUCACGUUUCAGUUGCUCACACAUUAUACUUAGGUACGAAUUAGGCUAUAGAAUUUCAAAUUGCGACUUUCAUUCAGCCAGAGCUAAAUUUUGCGAUACCUAUCAAUAAUAAUUUGUAACUGAUUUGUAGAUCUAGGUACCUACGUAUGGUAUUUUUGUUGUAGAUUGAUACUCAUAAAUCAAAUUUACGUAAGCACGAGUCACGCUCGAAGAUGCUACGUCAACGCGUGUGUUCUUCUUUAAUAAAACGAGCUGUCAGUCGCGUUCUACAUUCGAUACACUGAUCAGACACAGGCAAAAGAAAACAUAGGAUUGAAAUUCAGUCAAGUUUUAGCGUUAUGGUGCAUCGAUAUGAAAAAAAUUACAUUCUAUUUCAUCGUAUUCGGUUAUAUCACAUCAUUGGUGACUUGCUUAAAAGUGGUUGAAAUAAUUGACGAUGUGUUGCCCACUCCUGUCAGUCGGUUCUUGGAAGGGCUAAAGGAAGACACAGUGAAUGCGUGGAAAGAUGGUGCAGAAGCUGUUAAGAAAAUGAUAUCUGAUAAAGUGGUUCCUAUCAGUCAACUUCCAUUGUAUUACUAUCGUGCUGAAAACAAAGUGUAUACUCUUACAGAACUGAAACGUCAUGGUAAAGAAUUUAUGCGAGGGUCAGUAAUGCCUGGAACUCAUCUGGAGAAUUUAGCUCAAGUUUAUGGUUUUUAUGAUAUGAUCGACGUGAAGCACGUAGUAUGCGAAUUUUUUUAUAAUGCAGCGGAAAUCGUAUUUUAUCGUGGAAGGGAUAAUUUCAGUGAAGAUAUUUUGGAGGAAGUUGAAAAAUUAGGAGUUCUAAAGCCUGAAGACAUAAAACCAUUGGUCGAAUUGGGAUUCGACAAAAAAGGACAAGCUUUGAGCACAUGGUACUGGGUUGAAGAAUACGAAGAAUUUGUUCCUUUGAUGGGCGAACUAUUAGGAAAAGAAGGUGAAGGAAAAGGGUACAGGAUUCUAUCAAAAGAGAAGGUGGCCAUUAAAGAAAAAUAUAUGAAAUUGACGAAUGAUAUCGCGACUUUGGUGUGGCAUUUAUUUUACGCCUACGAAGAAGAAUACUCGCCUAGAGAAAACAUAGUUCAUCGACAAUUGAAGAGAGAGCAAAUUGAAGGUCAUUUAAUGGGGAAUAUAUUCGUCUUCAGUAUGCUUAAUGACACAGUAUCAUUUCAUAAAGUUAGAGAUAUAUACCUGGGAAAAGAGAAACUUAAAACAGGACCGUUGAAAAAACAAAUUAAAAAAUUUAUUAUCGGAAUUGGUGAAAUUUAUACGGAAGGUACAGUUAAGCCAUUCGAAGAGAAGACAUUAAUACAAAAGCUUGUUCAGUACAUACUGCGUAAAGUUGGACUGGUGGAGUACAAAGGAGAUUUAUUUGAGUUAUACAGAUUCAAAAUGGAAGUACUCGUCACGUUGUCGAAAAUGUUAGAGAGAUCUGACCUUAACGAAGAGAAGGCUAAACAAAUAAUAGAAUUAAGUAUGAACAACUGGAGAACAGUAUUUUACUUGCAAGUUUCCGGUACAAUGACGUCUACAAAACCAGCCCCUGACUUUUACCACCAUCAUGAAACCGUAGAAGACCUAAACUCACACGAAACAUCAGAUUCAGAUACGGUCGAAAGAGACCGAUCUCAACCCAAAAAUGUCGAAGUUAUCAAGGCCAAAACUCCCGAUAACUCCGCAGAUGGAGAUGUCAGCCAAUUCGACGAUUCUGCGAUCGCUGACCUUAGCGAGCUGGGUGCUAAACCUUUGACCGAGAAAGAUAAUAUCGCAAAAAUUUUGGAAGAUAAAAAUCCAUUUAUGGAUUUACUUAAAAGAAGUCUUUCAAUGGUUGACUUAGACAUGAAGAAAAUACGAGAAGAGCUCAUCUACACGUUUCAAAUAAUUUGCGAAUAUUAUUUAUUCCUGAGCGAAGAUGAUUGCGCUUUUAUCAAACAUGCAAUAAAAAAUAUUAACACAUAUGUAUUGAAAAAAGACAAAAAAGAUAAAAAAGAUAAAAAAGAUGAAAAAGAUAGAGUUGAAAGAAUAGCUAGCAGAAAAUAUUGUACUGAACAUGACGACAAAUGUGAUAAAAUUGAAACUACAAGUUUCAAAUUGUUCAUACGAAAAAUGACUGAAAUACAAGGAGUUUCUAUGGCGAUUGUUGAGUACCUUAUUUUGCUGUGUGAAAAAAAGAAAUCACUUGAAAAGAAAACGGAUAAACGAAAGAGAAGACUGAGAAAGGAUCUUAAAAUUAUGUUUAAAAACUACUAUUUCUUACGUAUUUUCGUGACGAAAGAAUACAGGAAAGCAUUGACCGAUUACGCUAGUGGAAUAAAAGACUCUAAUAUUGCUAAAUUAGCUAUUGAAAGAGUAAAACAAAUAAAGAACGGUGUACAACUGAUGACCAAGAAACCUCCCAAGAUGGAUAUCCGUGACAUGGAUAACAUUCUAAUAACGGAUAAUUCGAAUAAAAGAAAGAGAAAAGAAGCUAAAACUGGCCUUGAUUCCUCAAAAAAACAAAAGUUUUGAAAAAUAUGGAUUCUUCGGUUCUUUCGAACACUUGAGAUAGGCACUUCGUUAUACCUACUUCGUGGAUCAGAUUGUUAAAACAGAUACGUAUACUAAUAAAAAGAACCUAGUCGAAAUAAUUUAUUUUUUUCUGAUCGAAUCAAAUUAAUGAUACAAAUAUUUGCAGUUGGUUAAUCUUGUGAUGACAUCUAAUAGUAUAUUAUGCAACUAGGGUAUAGACACUGGACCUGCGUAUAAGACAACCAACUGGCAGCCAUCUUGGCAAAAAAACCUGAGUAACGCCAAUUUAUCCCGCUGGGUGAUCUUGGCAGCGCUGUACUUCAAUUUUGCAGGCAACAGGGAAGAGGGAGGGUUGUGUAGUCCG